ACAAAAAAGUUGUUGAUUUCAUUUCUGGACCUGGGGUGCCUCAAAAUUCCCAGUAAGUGCCUUGCCCAUGGCCAAAAAACCGGCGCCCAUACCUCACACUCAACCGCGUAAACCCGGUCCCAUUGGCCGUGACACGCAGGCCAAUAAUGACAAGUUUCUAAAGGAUGUUUUUGCAGCCACCAACAAGUUCCGUGCCAUGCACGGCUGUCCAGCACUAAAGAUCAAUGAGGGCCUCAACAAAUACGCUCAAGAGUGGGCAAAUAACCUACGCGAUAGGAACGCCAUGGAGCAUCGUCCAAAUCCCAAGUAUGGGGAAAACAUUUUUCUUUCGGGUGGCAUGGAUGUGACGGGGGAUUUGCCGGUGGAAAUGUGGUAUCGAGAAAUUCAUAGCUACAACUUUGAAAAGGGCGAGUUCUCGCCAACUUCAGGACAUUUCACACAACUGAUUUGGAAGUCAUGCAAGGAAAUGGGUUCGGGAGUGGCGCGCAAAGACGACAGAACAUGGGUGGUUUGCAAUUAUGAUCCUCCCGGCAACGUUGUGGGACUUUUCAAACAGAAUGUGCCCAAAAAGUUGAAAUGAAACUGCCGCCCAUAAUACAAGUAAACUAACUUUUAAGCAGUUUAUUCAAUAAUUAAAGAAGCAUUAGAUAGCCGGUCCAGAAAUCAUAA